AAAGCUACUGAUCGCGCAGUCGCAAAACACCGAUGCCAUCGAAUCACAGUCAAUGGCAAACAAAGUUACGCAUGUGUACGUGAGAACGUGUGAAUACGAGAGGAACUCCAGAGAAGUGGUAGUUUGCCGAUGAGAAUUGUUAAGGAGGACCGACAAGAAGAAGAACGUUGAAGCGCAAGAAGUCGUGGUCACUCGCCCAUUGGUAACCUUUUUCGAAGAAAAGUUUCCCAGAUUAAUAUGGUGACUGUGAAAAGAUUAGGACUCGCCGGUUCCUGUACGUUCGCCAUUGGACUCAUCAGUUAUUGCAUAGGAUUUCCUUCUAUACUAAAGUCGCAGGUUAAAUCUCAAGUUAGAUUAAAAAAAGGAGACGAGAUGCGCGAUUUCUGGGAGAAACUUCCACAACCGCUGGAUUUUAAUAUUUAUGUCUUCAAUGUAACAAAUCCCAAUGAGGUUUCAUCAGGAUCUAAACCGAUUCUGCAAGAAUUAGGACCCUUUCACUAUGACUUGUAUCGAGACAAGGAAAACGUCGUGGACCGAGAAGAAGACGAUACCGUUGAAUACAGUUUGCGACAAGUUUGGUACUUCAAUCGAGAGAAAAGCAUUCUGCCAGAGGAUACAGAGAUUUACACAUUUCAUCCUCUUAUGAUAGCGGUGACUUUAAUUAUUCAAAAAGACAGACCACAAACGUUGGGAGUAAUUAGUAAAGCAUUUGACAGUAUUUUCAAGAAGCCUCAGUCGAUAUUUAUCAAAACUACUGUAAGAGAAGUGUUCUUUUACGGUAUAAAGUUUGAUUGUACGGAUAUAACGGAUUUCGCUGGAUCCGCAGUGUGCGGUGCGUUGCAGGAACAAGAACACAUAUUAAUCAAAGAGGAAGGUUUACGUUACAGAUUUGGUUAUCUCGCUAAGACAAACGGAAGCCUUUUGCCGGAACGCAUAAGAGUUAAUCGCGGAAUUAAGAAUAACAAAGACGUGGGUCGUAUGGUGACUUUAGCAAAUCAAAGUAAGAUGGAUAUGUGGCCUGGCAGUCCUUGCAACGAGUUUCGUGGCACGGACGGAACCAUCUUCCCGCCGUUUCUCGACAAAAACAAAGAAGUCUGGGUACACUCCCUAGAUAUUUGUCGAAGUAUCGGCGCUUAUUACUUGGAACCAGGAAAGGUCCAAGGUUUCAAGACGCUACAUUACACAGCGGACCUGGGCGAUCCAUCCAAGGAUGAGGAUGUGAAAUGCCUCUGUCUCGAUCCUGAAGGAUGCAUGCCUAAGAACAUAUACAACGCAGGUCCUUGCAUGACCGUGCCUAUAAGGAUAAGUCUACCCCAUUUCUAUAAUUCCGAUCCACGAUACCUCGAGAUGGUCGAGGGUGUAAAUCCCGAUCCUGAGAAGCACCGUAUGACUUUCAACUUCGAGCCGCUGACAGGCACCCCGAUAAAAGCGUACAAAAGGAUUCAAUUUAACCUGUUAGUUGGACCUCUUCCCAAACUUCGGUUGAUGAAGACCUUUCCGGAUGCGAUGUUUCCGUUAUUUUGGGUAGAGGAUGGACUCGAGCUCGGGGACGUUCUCAUAAAACCGCUGAAAGUUGCAUACAAACAGAUCUUGAUCGCAAAGAUAAUAAUGUGGUUUAUGAUGCUGAGUGGCUUGGGCACGAUGAUGGCCGCUUUAGCGAAACAUUUUAAAGAAAACCAAACUGAAAACGGUGCGGUACCGAAUCUUCUGCCGGGAAAGGAACAGAACAAUGUGCCGAAGGAGAAGUCAACCAUCAGUACCAUACAAGCUGAAAUGGUGCCACCAAAAAUUGAUUAACAGGGAGUAAUUAUUACUAUUAUACCGAAGAAGCCGGAAGGCACAAUUAUUGAUUGUGCGAUAUCGGUCGUAUUGUGUUGAAAGCAAUAAUUUAAAAACUUAAUUUGGUUAAUAUUUCUUCUUAAUUAAAUUAAGUUGAAGUU